UCUGACCAAGGGGAGAAAAACGGAGAAAGACUAAAUAGUAGUUAGGUUUUGUUUGAAGAUGAGGAAAAAAAGCAAUUGUUACCAGCAUCAACAGACACGAACUGUGGGUUAGCAUAACAGUAUGUAAACUGUAUUUCAUGUGUGCUUUCAUCAGAAAUGAACAGCCUGUUGGAUCUCCGAGUUAAAAACUGCUUCAGCUUUACUUACUAGAGCCAGAUGUAACAUUGACCUUAAAUGGUAAAAGCUCCCGAGAGUGAAAGAGAGGCUGGCCUGAGGGGAAAAAGGGGAAUAACUGAAGUUUUAGAGAACUUGAGGUCAGUUGCUAAACUAUCUGUGGAGAUGGAGUAAAGCACCUUUAAGCUUUUGCUAACACUGUACUCAGCUGUGACUCAGAGAGGGAAUAGAGCUCCCGGAUCACCAUUUCCUGGAGAUUGUACUCCAAGCCUACACAGUGGUAAAAGUGCAAAAGGCUCAUGCAGGCUAACAUUCUAGAGGUUCGCCCACAUCUGUUCUUCUUGUGAUAUGCACCAUCAAGGAGUCAAAUGAUUUAUUCGUGAGAACUGUUCCUUAAUUGUCCGCAGUGUAUGGUCGUGAUAAUCCACAUUGCAGAUCAACGUGCUCCAUUCUGUCCACCAUGCCAACCCUACCUGAAGAAAAUGAACAACUAAAAGAGGCACAACACAACAGCUCUCCUCCAGCCAAAGACACCGAUGCUGAAGGAACUACAAGCAGUACACCUUCUAUUGUUCUUCCAGAGAAUGCUAGUAUGCCUGAUGCAGAAAUCGAUAAAAAUCUGGUUAACAGACCUCGUAGUCCUCAUAGAAGACAUUCUAACCGUGCCACUAGGAAUCCAACAAGUUCAUUGACUUCUGUUGACAACAACGGUCAUGUGAUUGAUCUGGUAAAUGAUCAGCUACCAGAUGUCAACAUAUCAGAAGAGGACAAAAAGAAGAACCUUGAAUUACUAGAAGAAGCAAAGAAAGUGAGUGAAAGAUUUCUAAUGCGCAGAGGCAGAAAGUCAAGAAGCAGUCUCCCUGAGUCACCCACAGCUGUUUCGCCUACGCUUAGUCCAAAAGUUUCACCAGUAGCAUCUCGGAGCAACUCUCUUACUCUUCCUGUUCCAUCAGGGUCUGAUAUAUGUACAGCCACUAGUGUUGAGUCAGCGUCUCCAGUUCAGAAUAACAGAACUUUUAAAGAAGAUGACAGGCAAACUGCAGAGAAUGUUUGCAAAGGCUUAAUGGAUCGCAGGCUGAAUGAUCAAAGAAAGAUUUCUCAGGGAAGGCUGGUUCCUCGUUCUGCUGGUUUUGAAAACCCCAAAGAAAAACUCUCUGAACAGAAAGAAAACUUUGAUCCACGUACGCAUGUAAAUACUUUACCUAAGUGCUCCCCUUCAGGUAGUGAUGGUGGCAGAAUGUCUCUUAACACUUGCUUGAACGUCUCUGAAAAUGAACUCGGAAAAUCCUUCCUCAAGAAAGCAAAAGAAAAUGAUGUUCCUUUAAGAACCCAUCUACCAGGACCAGGAAUAGGAAAUAUAGACUCAAAGCUAAAAAGUCCUGUUCCAGAAAUGAGGGACCAUAAAGUUUCUUUUAAACCAGAAUUUAAACUGUGUGGGCUGCGUCCUCCUCUUCUACGAGCUGUAUCAUGGGAUAGUUUAGAGCCUGGACAGAAAGAUAAAGUACCCGUGAAGUUACCAUCUGAGGAAGAUAAAAGCUUUGUUGGUAAUAAAUCCAGCAAUCAAAUAAAAGCAUUCAAAGACCUCCAAAUCCAAGUUCAACCUGUUCGGAUGCAGAAAUUGACAAAACUCAGAGAGGAGCAUAUUUUGAUGAGAAAUCAAAACUUAGUUGGACUUAAACUUCCUGAACUUAGUGAAGCAGCUGAACAGGAAAAAGGUCCUUCACCUCUCCCCUCCCCCACUGAAGAGGAAGAGGCAAAGAAUAGCUCUGAUGUCAUGCCUGGUAUUCCUGACAUAUUGCUGCGAAAGCUACGUGUGCACAAAUCUCUUCCAGGAAGCUCCCCUCCACUUACUGAAAAAGAAGUUGAGAAUGUAUUUGUACAACUUUCCUUGGCCUUUAGAAAUGAUAGUUAUACCUUGGAAUCAAGAAUUAACCAAGCAGAGAGAGAGAGAAAUCUUACUGAACAGAAUGCUGAGAAGGAACUGGAAAACUUUAAAACAGCCAUUACGUCUUCAGCUCACUUAUGGCAUCACUACGAGCACAGGGAAGCUUACCAGAAACUACUGGAGGACAUUGCAGUUCUGCGGCGUUUAGCUGCUAGGCUGUCCAGUCGUGCUGAAAUGGUUGGAGCCGUACGUCAGGAGAAGCGUAUGUCAAAGGCAACGGAAGUAAUGAUGCAGUAUGUGGAAAAUCUGAAAAGAACAUAUGAAAAAGAUCAUGCUGAACUAAUGGAGUUUAAGAAACUUGCUAAUCAGAAUUCUAGCAGAAACUAUGGUGCAUCUGCAGAAGAUGGAGUACCUCGUUCAUCUAGAUCCAUGUCUCUUACUGUUGGAAAGAAUAUGCCUCGGAGGCGAGUCAGCGUUGCUGUUGUUCCUAAAUUUAACUCCUUAAACAUUCCUGGUCAGUCACCAACAGCUUCACCUAUACCUUCAAUGCCAUCUCUGUCUGAAUCACCUAGCAAUGGAAAGAGCAGUCUAACAUCUAAUCCUGUUCUGCCAGCUGUUUUAGAGAAUGGAAAGACAAAUGGAGAGCCUGACUGUGAAACCUCUACUUCUGCAGUGACACAGAGUGGGCUGGAAGAGAUCAAUCCUGAAACUAAAGCCAAGAUAGAAGAGGAAGCAUAUAACAAAGGCUAUCAGGAGGGCUUGAAGAAAACCAAAGAACUUCAGGAUCUGAAGGAAGAAGAUGAAGAGACACCAAAAGAAAGUCAUGAUGAACAUGAAGAAAGUGAAAAUGACAGUGAGAUAAAAAGCCUGAAAAGCAGCAGACUUGAAGUCAUCAUUAAUUAUUUAUAUAUAUUGUACCCCAAACUCUGUAAACACUGGAAUGUGAUAUGGCUUGUAGUGGCUGCAAUAAUCAUUUUUGCCGUGGUGUUGGGAAUCUACCAUUCAUACAGCUCCUGUGAUGAAGUAUCAGAGAGACCUGAAGGAAAAGCCAGCUGUUCUGCUGCCCAUCAAUAUUCCUGGUGGAACUCAGGAUUUCAACAUGAGCAACGCACUGAAUAACAAAGCAACACCAUGUAUUUAUGGUACCUGAGAGAGCACAGUAUUAGAACACUAUUGUUAAGGGUAGUGCUUAGUCACCUGUACAGUUGUCAUCUGUUACGUCUGUUACACGAGUGAGUUACUCCACCCAUCAAUCCUGGUGAUACAUUGUGAACAUAGCUUGCCAAAAUAAUAACCUGGGAAAUAAUUAUUUUUAUCCUCUUAAUUUAAAUGACUGAUUCAAAUAAUAUUGAAUCAUGAUAAGGUUUUGGCACUAAUCAGCAACCAGCAGGCAAUUAAAAGAAAGAUUUGCACAAGAUGUUGACACCUUUCCUUUGAUUUUGAAGGCUAUGAUUAAAACCAUAUUUGCAGUUAGUGUUUCACUUUGCAUUUCCUGAAUUCAUUGUUUUGUUGUUGUUGUUGUUGACGUAUUAAUGACAUUUGCGUCCUUUGAGUUUUAAAAAUGUAAUUUUUUUUCUUUUUUUUUUUGUUCAUGAUUUUUGGGUAGAAAGGUAUAAGGCCAGUGGAAGGUUAAAAUUAUUUUGUCGGACAAGAUGUCUUGUGGAUGCCUUAAUUUCAUGAAGGAAAUUAUCAGUAUGCAAGUACAUUCAUACACGUGUUUUAUGAUAUACUGUAAAACUAGGACCAUCUCUAUUUUUCGAAUGGGAUAUAUAACAAAACCUAAAAAGAGGUGUAGGUGGCACUUUUGGUAUCAUCCCAUAAGAUCUGGGAUCAUGAGCUCGUCUUCUUUAGGUGUAAAGUCUGAAGCUCAAUCGAUCAAAGAGAACAGAUUUCUAACACUCAGAAAUUUAGUUUGCAUGUUUAUUGCUAAUAACAAAUAUCCUACUGGUGAAUUUUGUUUGUUGCAUCUUUAGCUAAAUCUUUCUUACAAGAAAAUUACAUGGAGGAGUGGAGGAGAAAAAAAAAAAAAAAGAAAAAUAGUAGAUCAGUGCUAGCUUUGGGAAAAAAAAAACA